AUGUUAGUGAUGAACUCUGGGACGUCCCCCCCUGCAGGAGAGACUCUGAUGGAGGUGCAGCAGCGUCUGCUGAAGGAGAGAGAGAUGAAGAUCCGAUUGGCUCUGGAGAAACUCCGCAGGAAGAGGAAGCUGCUGCGCUCUCAGCGGAAACACAAAGAGUUCCCCGUCGUCUCCGUGCUCGGAUACACCAACUGUGGAAAGACGACCCUGAUCAAGGCUCUGACGGGGGACGGGGGUAUGCAGCCCAGAGACCAGCUGUUCGCCACGCUGGACGUGACGGUGCACGGCGGCCUGCUGCCCUGCAGGAUGCCCGUCCUCUACGUGGACACCAUCGGCUUCCUGUCGCAGCUGCCCCACCUGCUCAUCGACUCCUUCUCCGCCACGCUGGACGACAUCAAGCACUCG